AUUUAUCGAUAAUAAAAUUUCAUAAAAGUAGCAACUUACAAAAUCACCAACGCCAAAAAAGGAAUCGUCUAUUUUACCAUUCAAUUAAGUCAAAUCAAAUCGUAGUCCGAAAAAAAACCGCAAACAUAUUUUGAAGGCGCCAAAAAAAUUUAGCUGAAAGAUGACAACAAAGUUGGUAUCCGCCAAACCAGCGGUCAUUAAAAUGUUACCAAUGCAAAUGGAUUUUAAAGAAUUUACAAUUUGCAAGCCCGCACCUCUGUCCACAGAUGAAGAGGCCGUUGUGGAACGUGAGAAAUGUGAUUACAACUAUAAAAUCACCUAUCAAAUGGCGCGUUCGGGGCAGACGAAACGACGCGUACGUGUCUACGCCGAUGGCAUUUAUGACCUCUUCCAUCAAGGUCACGCCAGACAUUACGAUAUACACUUAGAUUCUCCGUAA